AUAUUUUCCAAAUUUUUUUCAGUGAGAUAUGGAAGAUGGUACACACCACCACGCACAGCACAAGAAGCAGAAAAACAUCAGUAUCAAAGAAAAAAUAGUAUAUGUCGAACAAAAUAUUAUCAUGGUUUUCUUUGGCGGCGACCCAAUGACCUUCUCUCACAGCCUAUAUAUGACAACAAUGGUUUGAUUGUAGGACUUCAGUCAGCAAUCAAAGGCCGUUUGGAAGGUUUUGACUCUAACAAUAACACUAUACGCAUUCCAUCACCAAAAACGAUGCCUCCAUUUAUGGUGGGUGAGACCAUUAAGAAAGAUGUAAAGUUAUAUACUCUUACAGCUUAUUUUAAACACCCUCGACUUAUCUGUAACCCUGGUGCUCAAGAUGCAAAAGAAUAUAAAGGCUUGUACAUACAGAUGGGUAAUGACCCAGAAAAGGAAUAUAUGGAGAUACCGUUAAAACUGGAAAAUUUACCAAAAAAAUGGAAAAAAGCAGAAUGUGUUGCAAAAAUGGGAACACAUUAUUUCAUGAACCUUUCAAAGAAGUUAAACUGUGAAGAACUAUACCCUGUAUUUCUCACAUACACUGAUGGAAAAUUGGGUGCCUUUGGGUGGAUGUUUCAAGGGAAGCCACCAAAAAAUAAUAAAUAUGACCUGAAUUGGUAUUAUCUUCCACCAAAUUUGUAUGCAUUCACUGGACUUCAGAAAGAUUAUUUACCAGCAUGUAUGUUGAAUAAAAAUUUCCAAAUCAAUGGAAUUCAUAUUUGGCUUCGGCCUCCAUCAGAACAGUUAUGUAAAAAACGUCCAAUACAUACCCCACAACCUUGCUCAAAGACUACAACCACCAUAGUACAGAUAAAGAUUUAUCCACGUACCUAUUAUACAGGAACUGCAAAUCCUCCAAGAGCACCAUGUCUAACUCUUAUUUUUAUUCUUAUAAUCUCCAUUGGCUUACUUUGAAUCUAAAGAUUAAAAGAAAUAUAUUUCAAUAAAAUCGAAACAACUCCUUAAUUUUUGUUUAAUGGAGACAGUUCAAUUGAAGAAAAAAAAAUAUUUAAAAAAAAAAAGAAAGUGACAAUCUAGGAUAAAUUUGUUAUUGGAAAAGAAGUUGGCACACAAAGAAGUGUUUUUUAAUUAUAUUUUUAAUAUUUAUUUUUUUUCUGUUAUAGUACUUGACAAGUUGACUUAGGAACAGUGUAGCAUUAAUAAGAUAUGAGAUGUAUUUAGAGUUACAGAUGGAAACCAGUCUCUCUCUCUCUCUCUCUUUCUCUCACUAUACAUACACUCACGUAUGUACAUACACAUGCACGCACACAUGCAUGAAGAAUAUAGGUAUGGAAAUUUUGAAAGAAAAUCUUUUGAAAAAAAAGGAAAACAAUAUUUUUUAAUUAGAAAGAAAGCAAAGAGGAAGAUGCAGGAAAUAUUUGAAGCCACUGAACAUAAAACCAUGUCUAUAAAUUCCUAUAUGCAUCAGCUACUCACUUCCAUGUACACGCAUGCAAACAUAAGCAGGCACACAGACACUCAAUCACUAUAAUGGAUCAUUGAAACUGGGUAAAUAAAGUUAUUUAUUCAUUAGA